AUGGAUUGGCCUUCUUGUAGCAAAUCGCUGACCAAGCAGUACGGACCCAUCCUGGCUUUGGACUCUGUCGACUUUCAGGUCGGCGACGGCAUCACCGGGCUGCUGGGCCCCAACGGGGCCGGAAAGAGCACCGCCAUCAAGCUGUCGCUGGGGUUGAUCCGCCUCACAUCCGGCUCCGCGGAGGUCAUGGGGCGUCGGCCCUACGACUCGCCGGAAGUGCGGGAGCGACUGGGCUAUAUGCCCGAGCACGACUGCCUGCCCCCGGCGGCCAGCGCCGCCGAGUUCCUCUCUCACAUGGCCCAGGUGUCCGGUCUCCCACCGGCGCAGGCCCGUACCCGAGAUGCGACAUCUCCGGACACGGGGGGCGCCAGGGAGGGACCGGGAGCUCCACUGGGGGUGGGGGGGGGGGGGGUGGGGGGGUUGGUUGGGGGGGCUUUGUGUGGGGGUGGGGUUGUGGGGGGUGGUGUGGUGGGGUGGGGUGGUUGUGUGGUUGGGUUUUGGUGGUGGGGGUGCGGUGUGUGGUGGCGUGGGUGUGGGGCGUUACCGCCAAUGGCAGUUUCCACCGGAAUGAAGCAGCGGGUGAAGCUGGGCCAGGCCCUGGUCCACGACCCGGUCCUGGUGUUGCUGGAUGAGCCGACCGCCGGUCUCGACCCCGCCGGGCGCGAGGACAUGCUGCGGCUGGUGCGCCGCACCGGGCGGGAGUUCGGCAUCAGCAUCAUCCUCUCCUCCCAACUGAUGAACGAUGUCGAGAGCACCUGCGACCGUAUCAUCGUCCUGGAGGGCGGGCACAGGUUACGAGCAGGGGACGGUCGCCGGGUUCACCGCCGAUACCGAGCCUGUGGCCGACGCCCUGCCCUCCAUGCCGACUACUAUGAACUGGUCUCGCUGGUCCUGUUCCUGUUCGCCGCCAUCAUCGGGCCGGAACUGCUGUGCCCCGACCGUCGCGACGGCGUCAUUCACCUCUACCUGGUUCGCCCCAUCACGCCCACCGACUAUGUCGCCGCUCGCUGGCUGGCGUUGUUUACGGUGACCAUCGCCUUGCGUGUACUCGGGACAACUGGUGCUCUGGAUGGGCUGGUGCUGUCAGCGUCCGAUCCCGCGGAGUACCUCCGACAGAACUGGCUGGACAUUCCGCGCAUCCUGGGCGCGGGGCUGGUGGUGGCGUGUUCCUGGCCACGGCGCCGCUGGCGGUGGCGCGUUCACCGAACGGCGGGCCUACGCCGCCGCCUUCGUGAUCGGUCUGUUCAUCAUCAGCGCCACGGUUCCGGCGCGCUCACCGCCUGCACCGAAUCGGGCGGAUCCGGCCAGUGCGAGCAGCGGGUCACCGGCGGAGCGGCGAAGUGGCUGUCGCUGGUCAGCGUGGGAGAGGCGCCCACCAGGGUCAACGACAUCAUAUUCGGCAAGGACGACCCCGGUUUUGGCAACGACCCAGGCGCGACGUUUCCAACGAACUCCCGCGUCCCGUGCCGGUGCUAUGCGGUGAUCGAAGUCGACAACGUCUCCAAGUGGUACGGCGACGUGGUGGCGGUGAAUGGCAUCUCGGUGCAGGUGUUUCCCGGCAUCACCGGGCUGCUCGGCCCCAACGGCGCGGGCAAGACCACGCUGCUGCACCUGAUCACCGGGCUGGCCGCCUGCUCCGAAGGGUCGGUCACGGUGCUGGGAGAGCCUUCGCGGAACAACCCCGAGCUGUACCGGCGGGUAGGGGUGAUGACCGAGAAAGAGGGGGUCUACGGCUUCCUCACCGGGCGGCAGUUCCUCGAAUCCACGGCGAAGAUGCACGGCCUGUCCUCCGUCGCCCCGGCGGUGGACCGGGCGCUGGAGAUCGUCGGGAUGGCCGACGCGCAGUCCGCCGCCUCGGCGGCUACUCCCGCGGGAUGCGCCAGCGAUGCGUCUGGCGGCGGCAAUGCGUGCACGACCCCGAGGUGCUGGUACUCGACGAACCGCUGA